CGGCCCUAGCGACGGCGCUGCUCGCGCAUCGGCGCGCCUCACGGCCGGGCAGUCCUCGGCACCCUUGGAAAGGCGACGUCCUGCACAUCAUCUGCAGACACACGUGAACCCGGGGAGCAGGCCGGAGCGCGGGCGCACUGCUCCACGGCCGCUUCGCACGCCAGCCGCCGCCCGGCGCAGCCAGGGCCCCGAGCCAACUCCAAGCUGGCGGCACAGCAGCCAGCCCAUCCGCUCCCUGUCGCGGGGCAGCCGGCUCAAUGUCUCCCUGCCAUGCCCGGGAGAGCUCUCCCAACGCCAGGCCGAAGCGCGGACCCCGCGCGGCCGCGCCCAGAAGUGGAUGUCGGCGGAUAGAUUCCACAAGAACACCUGAUGCCACAGAACUCAGACUCACCAUCUUGGGCGGUGGACAGAAAGAGAAACUAAAAGGACUUGUGGGUAAUAUGUAAGUAGCUGCAGCUAUCGCGAGAGCUGGCGUCUGCGCGGGACUUCGGAUUUAAAGCGACAGGACUCCUUAAAUUCUUCCUCGGAGGCGGUGCCUAGAGCAGCUUCUCACCCAGCCGCAAGGUGGGCCGGGGCGGAGACGCUGCAUCUGGGCGCCCUGGCCCGCAGAAGCAUCGGUGGUGGACGAAGCGCUGUCCUGCACUACUGUGUCAGACUCCCUGGCCUCUCCCUGCGCCCCCCGAGCCAGUCAUGGCCCAGCAGAGAGCCCUGCCGCAGAGCAAGGAGACGCUGCUGCAGUCCUACAACAAGCGGCUGAAGGACGACGUCAAAUCCAUCAUGGACAACUUCACUGAGAUCAUCAAAACUGCCAAGGUCGAGGAUGAGACACAGGUGUCACGCGCCACUCAGGGUGAACAGGACAAUUACGAGAUGCACGUGCGAGCUGCCAACAUUGUCCGAGCAGGCGAGUCCCUGAUGAAGCUGGUGUCUGACCUCAAGCAGUUCCUGAUCCUCAAUGACUUCCCAUCAGUGAACGAGGCCAUUGAUCAGCGCAACCAGCAGCUGCGCGCCCUGCAGGAGGAGUGCGACCGCAAGCUCAUCACGCUGCGGGACGAGGUCUCCAUCGACCUGUAUGAGCUGGAGGAGGAGUAUUACUCGUCCAGCUCGAGUCUUUGCGAAGCUAAUGACUUGCCUCUGUGCGAAGCUUACUGGAGGCUGGACCUGGACACAGACUCUGCUGAUUGCUUCUCGGCCCCUCUGCUGGCAUCCCCGGAUCCUGGCACGGGCUCCCUGCAGGUUGCGGCCCCUGCCCACUCCCAUGCUGGUGGCUCCGGCCCCACAGAGCAUACCUGAGCUUCCCGGGAUGCCUCCCUGUGCCCCUGGUUUAUCAGGAACAAAGUCUAGCCCUCUCCUCUGGAUGCCCACUGCCCCUCACUUCUUGGGGACCCCAGGGCCCAGGAGCCACCGUGACCUCCUUAGAUAGGAAGCUGUCCGGGCUGGGGCCUGCCUCCCAGGAUCGCUGUGGAGAAUUCAGCCGCUUCCAGGGUGGCCCGGCAUCGUCUCUAGCUGCUACCUUCCUGGCUGGCCAGGUGGGCGGAAGUUGAGGGCUCUGACUGGGCAAGGGGGAUGACUGAUGGCAGAAGGUGGCCUCCCCAAGUUUAAAACUGGGAGCCACCCAAAGUCGGUGGUGUGGGCCAAGCCUCGCCUCCCAUCCUUGGGCCACAGUGCCUCUGCAGAGCCCUCCACUGCCUUUUGUCCCAGCACGCACGUCUGUGCCAUAGGCUGGAUGCCUUGGCAGGCCCGUGUGAGAAGCUUCUCCCUGUACCCUGCCGCCAUGUCCAUUCUGCCACUUUUGUAAUGAGAUUGAAUAAAAACACUGCUACUCUUUCA